ACUUUGGUGCGCACCAAACUUAAUACGCGUACUAAGGUUUUGACGAUGUAAACUAAGCCUAUGUCGCAGUGCUCGUGCGCUUGCGCGUACCCGGUACCGGCGCUCGGGUUGGUCGCGGCGGUAUACCUGUCGGUCGGUUGGUGCGCAGACGGUGAUAGCGGCGGAUCGCGGUAGAUGCGACGCUCGUAUUGGUCGCGCCGGUGCGACGGCGUGGUGCGGUGAUAUGGCCUUAAGGCCUGGCGCUAACGGCGCGACAAUGUACGGUGGCCAGCCUGGCUGGCGACGCAGCGGCGUGUGAAACAGUGCGGUUGGCGGCGCGGUUCGCUACCCGGUCCCAGCUGAUCGGCGCAUCAGCUGUUCGGUCGACGCCGUCGUUGUCACCCCGCGUGGUGACAAGUCGCGGUGCCGGUUCCUGCUCACUGCGGAGUCCCCGGGUCGGAACGACAGCGACCGCUCAGUGCGCGGCCGAGAGCUCGGGAACGGAGCAUGGCGGUGUGCGGCCUCUCACUACGUGGCCAGGAAGGCACUCACUGCGUGCCAGGCAGGAUCGUGUGUUAGGUUAAGGCUCUAGGAUACCUGGCUCAAUGCACCAGGAGGUACGGUCUGCUCAGUGCGCAGACCGGGAAAGUUCUGACUCUUGUUGCAAAAGGGGGGGUUUAUAUACCCUCCACUCGGUGGUAAGGGAAACAGAGAAGAGCGGAGGGAGCGUGCGAGGUAGGGGUAACGGCCUUACCUCCGUUCUAGCGGCAGCGGGAAAACGGCUCGUUACAGUAUUAACAUAAGAAUAUUUAGAAGGGAAUUGCAGAGUAUGUUAUACGGCGUAAUAGACCCACGUAACACAAAAAUUGCAGUUGCAUCACAGCAGUGUUGUAACAACAUUGUAAUCUUGCAGCAAUAUUGCUACAAUGUAAUUUAAAUUUUUGUGCUGUAGGGAUACAACGAUCUUAGGAAAGUAAUUACAAAAUGCAAAGCAAUGCACUAAUAAGUAAAUAAUGCUAAGAUUAAUAAUCAAAGAAGCCAACAAAAAUUAUGCAAAAUAAAAUGAAAAAUAUCAAGCAAGCAAAUCGAACUUUUAUUGGAACUCACAUUUAUCGUAGAUUCCAGAUCGCAAUAAUAUAUUAUAGUUUUAGACUUUCCUUUUGUUCACCAGGUAGAUGAUAAUUCCCAGAAAAAGUCCACGUGGAAGAAUAGCAAGAUGGUGGAAAUGCGUAUAUCUUUUCACAGCUUAGAAUUGAUGAAUUGAUGGACGUAACCUUGUAAAGAUGGUGGUAUAACUUAUCUCCGUUGUUAGGAAAAAAUGGUUAUGCAAAUCAAAUCAAAAUCCGUGAUAAUAGGAGCUGAGUCGAAGUAUCGAAUUGUAUCAAGGCAGUAGAUAGAUGCAAAAUAGAUGCCGAUUUUCUAGUUUACAGCAAAAAAUUUUUUAGAUGAAUAAUUUAAUGUAUAAAACUAUGAAACUUCCUCAAAUACUGAUCCACACGUCCGCAAGGAUCGGCAGUCAACGAGCAAAUCCCUCUUGCACUUCGCAAAGGCUUUUAUGCUCGGUCUACAAUGUCAGUAAGAGUAAAAAAUGAAGGCUGUAAGACAUCGGAGUAUGCCGUCAUUUCCGAUUAAUAAGGCGUAGAGUAAGGUUGUAAGCUAAAUGGUUCAUUCCCAUUUCGUACGGUCUACUUCUGUACUGCCAACCAAUGAGAAUCCGGCAGUAACACAAAAGCGUGUGACAAGAGCCGGUGUUGUAUGUAAAUAACCUGCAAAUAUGUCAGAUGCCGAAUCUUUUUUUGAAGAUGAGGUCAGUAGUGACCGCGACUUAAUUGCUGUGGUUCAAGUUAACACAUUUUUAUAUAAUAAAACUGAAAAAUUAUAUGCAAGUAAAGGCAGAAGCAUGAACGCAGAUCGGCGCAAGCCUUACUCAUCCACUUAAAGGUAAGUUUAUUUUAACGUUUUUAAUGUUUUUAAUAUGUAGGUACAGUUUUCUUGUAAUUUUUACAAUACAGACUGCAAUCCUUUGACAUUAACAAAUACUUCAAAGUAUUCUUCUUUCCUUUUUUUUAUAAGAAAAGAAGGAAAGAAGAAACAAAAUGGUUUUUUAUAAGAAGAGAAUGAAAAAAGAAACAAAAUACUUUGUAGUAUUUAUAAUGUAAAAUUGUUGACUGCAAUCUUUAUUGAACACGUGUCACAGGGAUUAUGUUCCAUUUAUCACUCAAUCUUCUCAGAAUCAUUUCACCUUUGUCAUUUGUCUUUGCAAAUGUAAAACAAGAACGAAUGAUGUUUAUGAGUGUAUACGCCGGGAGCGCCCCCAUUGACCAUGUUGCAAUUGACAACCACAAUCAUUUACAGCAAUGAAUGCUUUGAAUUUUUUUGUUGGACCGCCAAUUAGAAAAGUUAUGGUCAAUUGCGACAUGGUCAAUCAAAGCGUUUUCGUAUACGCCUAUAGUAAAGGAGCUUUCUAGCAAGAGAUACAAAUUGACACAGAAGUCAUUCUGUCUUUAUUAGAUAUUUAGUGAGAAACAAUAACAAAAUGACUCCUGUGUUGAUCUAUGUCUUUUGCUGAAAAGGUAUCUAAAUUGUUGAAGAAUAAGUUUGACAAAACGCAAAAUAAUUUUAUUAACAUUGUAACAAGCCGUUCCUCCGCUGCCGCUAGGACGGAGGUAAGGCCGUUACCCCCUACCUCGCACACUCCCUCCGAUCUUCUCUGCUUCCCUCACCACCGAGUGCAGGGUAUAUAAACUCCCUCCACUCGCGAUAAGAGACAGACCUUCCUCGGCCGCGAAGUGAGCAAACCGUACCUCCUGGUGCACUGAGCCAGGCAUCCCAGAGCGUACACUGAGCGCCAUAACCUAAGACACGAUCAUUCCGGCACGCAGUGAGUGCCUUCCUGACCGCGUACCAAGCGGCGACUCACCGACACGACUCGUACACAGGCUCUCGGCCACGCACUAAGUGGUCGCACGCGUCGUCUCACCCGGGUGCCCCGCACUGAGGGGAAACCGACACCGCGAUCCGUCACCCACGCGAAGUGAUCAGAACGAUAGCGUCGAUCGCGUCAGCUGAUGCGCCGAAUAGCUGGACACCGGGUACUCCGCCGCCAACCGCACCGCUAUACCGCCGACCAGAGGGUCUAUUCUUGAAACGAGGACCCUAGAUGUCGUAUGCGAUAUUGUAUGCGAUAGCAGAAAUUGUACGGAUGAGAUGUAUCGUAUGCGAGAAAAUAUCGAAUGAUUAAUAUCGAGUGAGUAUAACCUAACCUAUGCGAUACGCAUAUCGCAUACGAUAAAUAUAGUAACAAAGGUGGUUUUCCACAAAAGUUCAACUCAUUUGUGAGUGCAGUAUGGAUAUGGCAUAUCGAAAUGCUGUUCUGCUUCAUAUCAAUGAACAAUUGGAAAAUGUUAUUUAUUAUAAUGAAAGACCACGUUUUCAUAUAAGAGAUGAUCCAUUUCAAUUAUCAGAACAAGAAUUUAUACAGCUUUUUCGAUUGAAAAAAGAAACGACAAACAGGCUUAUUAAUAUCAUAAAAGACAUUGUAGAACCGUCACGAUCUACAGCUUUAGAUGCAACUGUACAAGUUUUAACUGCAUUACGGUUUUUUGCUUCGGGAAGUUACCAGAAUUGCAUAGGACAUAAUAUUCACAUGGCUAUUAGUCAACCUUCUGUCAGCAGAUGUAUUCACCAUGUGACUAAUAUUCUUAAUUUACCAGAAAUAUUUAAUAAUUGGGUACGCUUUUCUCGUAAUCUUCAAGAAUUGCAACACUUACGUAACAAAUUUUGGAUAAAUCACCAAUUUCCUGGAGCAAUUGGCUGUAUAGACUGUAUUGCUACGCAUGUAGCAAUUUUUCCACCUUCAAAAGAAGACGAAAAUUAUCCUGAACAUAUUUAUAUUAAUAGAAAGGGAUAUCAUUCUAUAAACGUACAAUUGAUAUGUGAUUCUGAUCUUAGAAUAAUAAACGUUAAUGCCAGAUAUCCAGGAAGCACUCACGAUUCAUAUAUCUGGAAUAACAGUAAUGUUCUUCCCAUAAUGCAAGAUAUUUAUAAUCAUGGACACAAAUUUUUCUUACUAGGUGACUCUGGUUAUGCACUUAGACCUUGGAUGAUGACUCCAAUAAUGAAUAAUGAUGAACAUAACAUUGCAAUAAGAAGAUACAAUGAUCGGCAAAAAAGUACUAGAUCUCUUAUUGAACGUUGUAAUGGUCUCUUGAAAAUGAGAUUUUGUUGUCUGUUAAAACAUAGAGUUUUACAUUACCAGUCAAAUGUGUGUUCAAAGAUUAUUAAUGCUUGUACAGUGUUGCAUAAUAUGUGCAUUCAUGAUAAUGUGCCUUUACCCGCACUUGAAGCAAAAGAUGAAGUCCACAAUGGUAUAAAUGAUGAAAUUAACGAACCGGGUAUAGAUAAUAUAGCAAAUAGAAAUCAUGAUUUGAUGGCUGGGCAAAAGAUCUGCAAUAAUUUAAUAAGACAAUACUUUUCAUGACAAUGCAUCAUUUAAGCAUCACUUUUAUUAAAUGUUUUGUGUAUACAUAUAUGUAUACACAUAUUCGUUUUAUAUGUAAUAACUUUGGUAAUAAUAUAAUAAGAUUUUUAUAAAAACAUGUUUUUUUAUUCUU